UUACAGUUUGGUCGACAUCCUCUGUUUCUCAUUUCCCAAUGUCCAAAGGUUCAACAACGUUUCGCUUGCUACGCUAAAACCUCUACGGAAGUCGUUCCUUUCUCCUCGGACGAAGCCGUGGCAUCGUUCGGAAUUCACCAUGAUGACAUCGGGCCGAACGUAAACCCAAGCAAAUCGCCGACCCAUCCGAACCCAAUUCAAUCAAGAGCAAGGCAAGGCUAAGCCAAUGCCAUUUCGCAUCCUCGCCGUGCCCGGAAAACACCCACUUCGCCGCUUCAUCAGGAGCUUCAACGCAUGGGCUCGUUCCAUAAGGAAGGCCGCCGUCUCCCACCCGCACAGACCCCACAAGGCCUUCGAACUCUACUCCCGGAUGCACCGCUGCAACGUCCCUUUCGACAGCUUCUCGGUUCUGUACACGGUCAAGUCUUGCACGAACUUGCGCGACCCAAGAGUCAUACGUCAGCUCCAUUGCCAUGCCGUUAAGCUCGGCUUCGGUGCCCACGUUUACGUCGCCUCGUCGCUGUUGUAUGCGUACGUUGUCGUGUCUUUCCGGGAUGCUCGCGUGCUGUUCGACGAAAUGCCUCACAGAACCACGGUGAGUUGGAAUACUAUGAUUACUGGGUUCGCGAAGGCGGGUGACGUGGAGAAGGCGCGUUCGGUUUUCGCUGAAAUUCCUAGGAGGGAUGUGCCUUCGUGGUCUGCCAUGAUUGCGGGGUAUGUGAAUUACGGCAGUGUGGUUUGUGGAUUAGUGCUGUUUCAGGAAAUGAUGGUGAAGGAGAGACUGUUUCCCGACCAAAUUACAGUCUGUUCCGCUUUGACUGGGUGUGCUCGGAUUGGUUCCUGCGGUUUGUUGGCCGGGAAAUCAAUUCAUGGUUUUGCGGUGAAGAAUUCGUGGGAGAUGAAUGUUGCGAUUGGGACUGUUUUGGUCGAUAUGUAUGCCAAGUGUGGAUUCUUCAAGCAGGCUGUCCGCAUAUUUGACAUGAUGGAGGAGAAGAACGUCAUGACUUGGACGGCUUUAAUUUGUGGGUCGGCGCAACAUGGUUUCAGUGAGGAAGCACUAUCAUUGUUUGAGAUAAUGCAAAAGAGAGGUGUGAAGCCAAACGAAUUGACUUUCACUGGGGUUUUGACCGCUUGUGCCAAUACAGGCUUAGUAGAGGAGGGACGCAGAUACUUCAAUUUGAUCGAGGAAUAUGGCUUGGAGUUGAGAAUUCAGCAUUAUGGAUGCAUGGUUGAUUUACUUGGUAAGGCGGGAUUGCUAGAUGAGGCAUACGAGACAAUUCAGAACAUGAAAUAUGAACCCAAUGUAAUUGUUUGGACUGCCUACUUGUCAGCUUGCAAGACACAUAACCAAUUUGGGAUGGCUGAACGAGUAAUUGACCAGGUUUUGAGGAUGGUGAAGCCGGAGAAUGAUGGAGGCAUUUACACACUCAUAUGCGAUAUCUAUGUCUUGAGCGGGAAGUGGGAUGAAGCACAAAGGAUAAGAGAUUUAAUGACCAAAGAAAGUGUGAGAAAGGUCACUGGAUCUAGUUCUGUCAAAAGCUAAUAUUUGUAGCCAGUUGUUCCUUGCCUCGUAUCUCCCAUGACUGAACGAUGCACAAUGAAACCUCAGGAUGGUAGUAGAAUGGGUUGCAUUUUCUGCUAACACAUUGUAGAGGUGGUUCUCAGGUAACAACCUUGGAGCUAAUUCAUUUCAUUCUUUGUGGAAGCAUGGUCUUCUCCUAGACAUACAAGAUUUUAGAAGAGACUGUUGUACCUUAUACAAUGAAAUCCAGGACCAAGAGUUGAAGAGCAGUUGACAAUUUACCAAUCCCUGAACUGAGUGCAUUAUUGUUGCCUUUUGGAUAAAUUGGCGAGAUUUACAGUCUAACUCUCACCACUGGUUUUCAAGAAUCAACAUUUAAAUCUGUAUAAGGGCUGAAAAACUGAUUUCUGGAUCUGGGUGCCCUUAUUUUGACAGUUGAAUCUUAAAUUUAGCUGGCUGCUAGUGCAAUUGCGCUCUUGGGUGAAGAUAGCAUGAUUUGCUUUUGUAUUUUGUACUUUCUUCUUCUCUUUCUCUUGGGCUGAGAAUUUUCACUGACAAGUUCAAGUUGUGCUUUGUAUAGGGAUAGUCAGAGGUCACCUUAUUCUUUGAAUGAGGGAUAGGGUAUAGUUCUACUCUUGCUUGGCAAGUAACGCCCAUAUGAUUCUUUAUCAUAAAACCGACAUAUUUCUAUUGUGCACUGUAUGUUUACAACAUUAUCUUUAAACAAUUUUCCCGAGGCCGAUUGCAAGUUGUACUGUGCUUCCACUUUUCCUCCUC